AAGGAGACCUGCUGCUGCUGUGCGGAGCUACGCAGGUUACCAAUCCUUCAGGGAGGGACUUUCAGUUUCAUCACGCCUACUUUGGCCAUUCUUGCCCUGCCGAAAUGGCAGUGUCCAGACCCAAAUGCACCUGCGACCCUGUCCAUGCAGCUGUUGAAUGGCACCGGUCCACUGCCACUGGAAAACUCAGAUGAAAUCUGGAUGCCACGAAUACGUGAGAUUCAGGGGGCCAUCCUGGUUGCCUCUCUAGUUCAGAUUGUCCUGGGCUUGUCUGGACUGAUCGGCCUCGUGCUUACAUACAUCGGCCCUUUGGCUAUCGCUCCUACGAUCACCCUCAUCGGCCUGUCACUGUUCAUUGAGGCUGGGAAGAAAUGUGGCAGUCACUGGGGAAUUGCUGCUCUCACAGUCUGUCUCAUCCUCCUGUUCUCCCAGUACCUCAGCAAAGUUCAUGUUCCAAUGGUUGCAUACAAGGAUAAGAAGUGGAAGGUUUUCCAAUAUCCACUGUUCAGGCUCUUUUCUGCUUUGUUUGGAAUGUGUGGUGCCUGGCUGAUCUGCUUUUUACUGACCGUCUCUGACGUCCUGCCUUCAAAGUCGAAUCAGUAUGGCUUCUCGGCAAGAACCGACAUCAACCUGAAUGCCCUGAAAAACUCGCCAUGGUUCCACAUGCCUUAUCCAGGUCAAUGGGGUAUUCCCACUGUAAGCCUGUCCUCAGUGUUGGGAAUGAUGGCAGGCGUUUUGGCAUCUACCAUGGAAUCCAUUGGUGACUACUACGCCUGCGCUCGCUUGUCUGGUGCUCCUCCACCACCCAUUCAUGCCAUCAACCGAGGCAUCGCCGUUGAGGGCAUGGGCUGCAUCCUGGCCGCACUGUGGGGAACUGGGAAUGGAACCACUUCCUACAGCCAAAAUAUCGCUGCACUUGGAAUUACCAAGGUUGGCAGCCGUCUCGUCCUUCAGACAACAGGAGUUUUGAUGAUUGCCCUGGGCGUCUUUGGGAAGUUUGGAGCAGUUUUUAUCACCAUCCCGGACCCAGUCAUUGGAGGAAUGUUUCUUGUCAUGUUUGGCAUGAUUGCAGCUGUGGGGAUAUCCAACCUUCAGCAUGUUGAUCUCAACUCUUCCCGCAACCUCCUCAUCCUUGGUUUUUCUACCUUCAGUGGACUUGUGCUUCCUACCUGGUUUCAUUCCAAUCCAGGCAUCAUUGACACAGGAAUAAAAGAGCUGGACCAGGUGAUCACAGUGCUGUUCACAACACAUAUGUUCAUCGGUGGAUUUUUUGGGUUUCUUCUUGAUAAUACGAUUCCAGGCACGGACAAAGAAAGAGGCAUCAAGAGCUGGCAGGAUAAAGUGCAAGAGGACGGCUUAAAUUCCUCUGAUUUGUCAUGCUACGACAUCCCGUUCUGUAACAGUUUUCUGAAAAGGUUUAAAUGUUUCCAGUAUCUACCAUUUCUGCCGACUUACAAAACCUCAAAUGAAAGAGCGUCAACAUGAAGAAGUGGAAACUUCCAAUAUUAAUCCCAGAAUCCUAAAUGAAGCCACAAAUGUUGUUUUUACCAUUGAGUCUCACUGUGAGGUGAUGGUGCUUUUAUAAGACCUAACCUUUAUGUUGAACUAAUAAAGUAAAAUGUGAGUUGUCUAUUUUUUUAAUAAAUAUUUGGUUUGACUUUGUUGUAGAAAUUAAAGUAUUUGACUUCAUUUGCAUUGAUCUGUGAGUUAUUCCCAAAA